AGCACCUGCCACUAGUCAGAAGAUAGUUUGCAGGUACGAGAACUCGAAUGCAUCCACCAGCUUUGCCUAUGGAUCAACUUCCGUAGAUACGUAGAAAGUCACUCAUGGCUGCGUCAUUGAAUGCAGGUGGCUAUGUAUCUACUGCUGUUAUCAGCGGGAAUGAUUUCAAGGACGUAACAUCCGGUGGUGAGUCCCUGCUGCCUGGCGCUACCUUCUCAGCAGAUGUACCAUUCAUCAUCCAGCCAGCUAUUCAUUCCGCUCCGAAGCGGGAACAUGAACAGUGGUCUUCUGUGCCGGCGACCAAGGCGCGCACACUUUCCACAGGAAGCAACGUGUCCCAGAGCUUGUUGAAGACAGGGACCGUGAAUCGUAAACCACUAAGAAUAUCCCCUUCCUCAGCAUUGGUCGGAGGACCUGUCUCGCGGGAUCAUCCAUCGAUCAUGUCCUCACCUACAGCCUCCGGCUCAGAUGACUCGAAACUCAAAAUAUCCGACCACUUACGCGUCGCUACAACAGACUCUAUCACUUGCCAGUGGAGCCAUGUAGUUCCUGGAUUGCCACCCUGCACCCGUUCUUGCUCCCGCUGAACGUGUGGAUGCACAUCCGCACAGCUCAUGUGCUCGGUAAUAGCUGCAAGUGGGGCGAGUGUCAGAGAAAGGGUGACUAUUCUAAUCUCAAAAGACACGCCAAUGGUGAUCGCCUCUGCAUUAAGUGGAGAUGUCCCUUAGUCAAGUGCGACCUCUUACUCUCUAGGGUCGGUUCGCUCGUGCGACACCUCAAGACGAAGCAUUAUUGCGUCUCUGGUGACGGUGUCGAAGGUGAAGAUGACAUCGAGUCCGCUCGUAGCAGCUUACGAGAUGCAAAAGAAGC